AUGAGCUUUAGCUCUAACCGAAUAUUCACUUAUGUACCUUUGAAAGCAGUCAAAGGACAAGUGGUAGCGGACUUCUUGGUAGAACACACUCUACCUAAAGAAGUCGUAGCUUACGUAGGAAUUCAACCUUGGAAGUUGUUUUUCGAUGGCUCAAGCCAUAAGAAAGGAUCAGGGAUUGGGAUGCUUAUAAUAUCCCCGCGAGGUAUCCCCACUAAGUUCAUGUUUAGGAUUCGAGAGAAUUGCUCUAAUAACGAAACCGAAUAUGAGGCUUUGAUCUCUGGCCUCGAGAUCUUGUUGGCUUUAGGGGCCAAGAACGUCGUCUUAAAAGGUGACUCUGAAUUGAUAAUAAAACAACUUACCAAAGAAUAUAAGUGUGUUAGCGAGAAUUUGGCAAAAUAUUACGUGAAAGCUAUAAGUUUGUUGGCCAAAUUCGACCAAGCAGGGGUCAGCCACAUACCUAGCAUAAACAACCAAGAGGCCAAUGAAUUGGCACAAAUCGCUUCAGGGUAUAUGGUGGACAAAGAUAGGUUGGAAGAAUUAAUCAAGGUUAAAGAGAAGUUGAACCCAUCGGAUCACGACAUCCUGGCCAUCGAUAAUAUGGGGCCUAAUGACUGGAGGAAGCCAAUCGUCGAAUAUUUGCAAAACCCUAUAGGAAGAACUGACAGGAAAGUCAAAUACAUGGCUUUAAGCUAUGUCAUUAUAGGCAAUGAGUUAUUCAAGAAGAAUGCAGACGGUACUUUGUUGAAAUCCCUAAGCAAAGAUGACGCAUUCGUGGCAAUUUCAACUGUGCAUGAUGGUCUAUGCGGCGCUCAUCAAGCAGGAAUCAAAAUGAAGUGGUUAUUAUUUCGACAAGGGAUGUAUUGGCCCACUAUCAUGAAAGACUGCAUCGAAUACGCAAAAGGAUGCCAAGAUUGUCAAAAGCACGUAGGAAUCCAGCAUGUGCCAGCCAACGAGUUGCAUUUGAUAAUCAAGCCAUGGUCGUUUAGAGGGUGGGCUUUGGAUUUAAUUGGUGAGAUCAACCCAUCUUCUUCGAGGCAGCGCAAGUACAUAAUAGUGGCCAUAGACUAUUUCACUAAGUGGGUAGAAGCCAUCCCGUUACAAAACGUCACCCAGGACACAAUGAUCGAUUUUAUACAGAAUCACAUUGUGUACCGUUUUGGCUUGCCUAAGUCACUGACCACUGAUCAAGGUACAAUAUUCGUAGGACGAAAAGUGGCAUCUUUCGCAGAAUCUUGA